AUGAAUAGAUUAACUACAAUAACUCGCCUAUCUGAUAAGGAAUAAAUGUUGAAUUAAUAUGAAUUAUUGAUAUCUGAAUAUCGUAACUAACCUGAUUCCAUUAAUAUUAUUGCCAUUUGUCUCAAUAAUAUUGCAGCUUUAUUACAUAAGUAUCAACAAAUUUAUUUAGAAAUGAGCUAUUAUCCAAAUCGAUUUUUCGAUUUGUUAAAUAAAACAUUCUUAAAACGCUUCCAAUUGCUCUUUAAUUUAUUAUCUUUAUCAAUACAGCUAAAAUAUUUAAUCAACUGGGAUUGCAUACUAAAGCUUUUUUAAAAGCUGAAAUGGCUUUGUAAUUCUAUGAAAAAAUUGCCUUUAAUUAAUUAAAUUAAUCUGAAGCUAUAUUAUUGAUAAAUGGUUAUAUUACUUUAGCUAAAUCUUAUGAAAUGGCCACUUUUCAUGAUUUGGCUAAAAUAACUAAAAAAAGCAAAUUACUUUAAAAUGGGUAUCAAAUUAAAUGUAAUUUAGUUUUAAAUGCACAUAAAUAUUUUAUGAAAAUUCAAAAAAACUUUUAGUAAAAUAUGUUGGAAUAACCCAUUCUUUAUAUAAAUAAAUAAUUAGAUAAUCUACAUAAAAAUCAGCGUUGCUUUAAAAAAGCUUUAUAUUUUAGUCUGAAUUAUAUUAAAAUUAGUUUGCUUAUAAAAAAUAAACAACAAUCAGAAUUAUGAGAUUGCUAGAUUCACUAAAAAAUAAUUUUCCUAGAAUUGUUGAAUUUUAAGAUAUCUACUCUUAAACUCCUUAAAAAGGUUUUUCAAGAGUGAAAACUACAACUGAUGAUUCUAUAAAUAAAGAAAAAUUCUCUAGAAUUAAAAAAGUUAGUAAAAUAGAGGAUGAUUAAGAAACAACAAUUGAAACUAAAAAGAAAAGAAAAUCUUUCAAAAUGACAUCACUUUCAAAUUUGGAAAAAAUUAUAACGAAUAAAGUUGAGUAAUAAGUGCAAUUGCAUUUCCAAAAAAAAUAAUAAGAUGAUCAGAUGUCUAAUAGUAAAAUUGAUUUAGAUCAAAAAUAUAUGAUUCUACAAAAUGAAAUAAAUAAAAUUGAAAAAGAAAAAUCUAAUUAUGAAAAAUAAGGUAAUGAAUAGAGAUAAUAAAUAAAAUUAUUGUAAGAAGAAGUUAAUUAAUUAAGAAAUAAAAUUAUUGAUGAUGAAUAAAUACAUAUGAAAGAGGUUAAAGAAUAGCACUAUAGACAUUUAGAAUAAAUAAAGCAACUUAAUGAAUAAAACUAAUAACUAAAAUUAAAAUUGAAUAAAACAUUUCAACAUGAAAAAAAUUAUACAACUAAUAAUAAUAGCAUUGAUGAUCAUUAAUAUUUUUAUUUUACAGAUAAUAUUACUGGCUAGAUGAUCUAUAUUCCAUUACUUUAGAAUGUUUCUUUUAUUUUUAAAUAGGAUGGCAUACAAAUUGAAGUUUAAUAGUUGUAAUAAACAUUAAAAUUAUCAGCCAAAAUAAAUGAUAAAAUAUUAAAUGAAUUUAUAGAAAUUUCUUAAAUGCAAGAUUUUUUAUAGUAUACUCAAUACAUCCAUACAUUACCAUAUCCAAUAAAAUAUUUGAAUAAUUUUAAGACAUUUAUACAAUAUUUGAUAGUACCUUUCGUCUAAAUAGUAACUGAGUAAAAUGAGACAAAAAUUGCCAUAUGGCCAUAACCUUAAGGAUUAUUAUAAGAAUAAUAGAUAAUAUUUCUUAAAGAAAAUUGUUAAUGGUGGUUUCAUAGUAUUGGACUCAAGUGGUUUAGAGUCACCAUUUAUUCUUAAGCAGACUUUAUCUUUUAAAUAGAUAUACGAUUUGACGAAUUUACAUUUUAAUAAUAUUUUAAGCAAGAAAAUUUAGAUGAAUAUGAAAUGUAAGAAAAAGAAGAAAUAUUAUAAUAUUUAUCAAAAUUAAAUUAAUAGUAAAUAUAAAUCUUUGAGUCUUCUAAGAAUUCAAUUCAUGAUACUUAUUAUUUACCAAAUGUUUAGAUUUUGGAUAAAUAAAAACUUAUAUCUCUUAUUAAUUAAUAAAUAAAAUAUAUUGAAUAAUUUCUAAAUUUAUAGAAUGUUAAUUCAACAUAGUAAAUAAGAAAGAAUAACAAUCUAGAAAUUCAAUUAAUUUCAAUACAAUUUAAUGAGAAUAAAUCAUAAAUUUAAGCAGUUAUGUUUGAAUAAGGAAAAUGUAUGGUAAAAUUAAGAAACUGUUACUAAAGUUAUGCUCCAUAGAAUAAGUAAAUUAAUGCUGAUGGGUUUUUUGAAAUUACAAAUUAAUUUUUAAAAUAAAGAUAUGGAAUAACUUUUGAGAAUUUGAUUAGAAAUGAAGAUAAAAUCUAUUUCUAUGAAAAACUGUUAGAAUCAUUUACUUUACAAACAUUUUCAAAACCUUUUGAGUAGGAUGAUGAUGAAUUGUUCAAAUAAAAUGGAAUUCUAUUAAGAGAAUUAAAUUUUGGUGGAACGAAUAAAAUAUUUUAUGAUUCAAAUCAUUAUAAAAUUCCAAUAAAUUUUUCAUUAAUAGGUGCUAAUGAUAUACCAUAAUUUGUUAGGAUAGAUCUUUAUAAUGAGGAAUCAAUUGAAUAACACUGUAUACUACUUAAUAUAACUGAAGAAUAUUGGAUUAGGCCAGUUGUAACUUAAGUUAAGGUAUGAAUAUAAAUUUAAAUAUAAUAGUAGGAAAAAAAAAAAAAGUAAUAGAAAUAUAAUAAAGAAUUCAAAGUUGCUGGUUAAUACUAUUUAUCAUAAAUAUUAUAAUAGUGUGGUUGGUUCAUUUUGGAACAUCAUAUUUAUAUGAAUGAUGAUAAAUAACUAUAUAUUCAGAGACUUGAUAAUUAAAUUGGGAAAUUAGAAUAAUAUAUAAAUAUGAAAUCAGUUUCUGAAUUAACUAAAUGA